CUCACCUCAGUGUAUCUAGUUUGUUCCAUUCAAAACUAUGCACUGCACUGUCUAAUCGACUAAUUUAUUAGUUUUGUAGGUUUUAAACCGGUGUAGACAUAGCCGAACCUUGUUUACUGCAAAUAAAAUGACGAAACAGCUGUCCGGUGCUCCCAGAUUUUCUACGGUUCCCCAACUGAUGUCAGUCCAUGAUGAAUACAACUUCUAAAUCAAAAAUCCCCAUUCAUCUCAAAAAUAAACGUUUCUAUUCAGUGAUUAAUAAAGCCCUUUUGUAUUUCUAUGCGCUUUAACGUGCAUUUCAAAUUUUAGGCAUAAAAUUCAUGUGGCCGGUGUAUUCAAUGAUGGCCGGGUAGCUGAGCUUAAAGAGCUGUUUGUCAUUGCUUUGCCCACUAUGAUAACACAGCUCUUGCGAUUUGUCAAUCCCUCAAUUAGUGUAAUGGUUUGUGGACAUUUAGGUCGUGAGGAGUUGGAUGCUGCUUCAUUGGCUAAUUGUAUAAUUAAUAUACUUGGCCUUAGUAUAGAUACAGGAUUUUCUACUGCUUGUGAUACACUUUUUUCUCAGGCCUAUGGAAGUCAUUACCGUAAAGUGAUGGGUAUAUUUCUUCAACGAGCUUUAUGUGUUGUAUGCUUCAUAUACACAAUACUGGCAUGUAUACACUUGAAUAUCGAGGCCGUACUACUACUACUUGGUCAAGAUCCGUUAAUUGCAUCCCUCACGUCGGAAUAUAUAAUAUACUUUUUGCCAGGUCUCGGAUUUGACUUCUUAUUUUUGACAUUUGCUCGUUAUUUACAAACGCAAAAUAUUGUUGUACCUAUGGUGUGCGCUUCAUCUAUAGGAACACUCGUGAAUAUUGCAUCUCAAUAUUUUUUUGUCGUUCAAAGGAAUUACGGACUUCGGGCAUCGGCUAUCUGCCUUUCGUUAUCAUUUGGUUGUAUGCUUCUCUGCGAGUUGGGAUAUAUAAUUGCAUCAAAAGUUUAUAAAGAAACAUGGGAUGGUUUCAGUUUAAUUUCUGCAUUCAGUAAUUGGGGAGUAUUUUUUCGACUUGGCAUUCCCGGUAUAUUUAUGGUGGCACUUGAAGAGUGGUGCUUUGAAAUAAUGACACUAAUAGCCGGUACUCUUGGAGCAGUUACACUGGGUGCUCAGGCAAUAGUAUUUCAAAUCCAGUCAUUAAUAUACAUGAUUCCACUUGGACUGUUCACCGCAGUAAAUAUUCGUGUUGGUCAGAAGCUUGGAGCAUUUGACCCUGUCGGGGCUCGAAAUGUUUACCUUACUGCAUUGACAAUAGUGUCUGUAGUGGCCAUAUGCACUGGUUUACCUGUUAUACUUUUACGAAAAUACAUCCCACAUAUGUUUACAUCAGACGAAAAUAUCUGCUUACUGGCUAGUAAACUUAUGCCAAUGCUUUUGAUUUUUCAAUUCUACGAGGGGUUUGCUGGAGUGUCUGAGGCUGUUCUGUUAGCAUGUGGACGACAAAUUUUGGGAGCUAUAACAAUAUUUUGCGGCUAUUAUUGUAUUGGAAUGCCGAUUGCUAUGAUACUUACUUACAAGACAUCUCUUGGCAUCUUAGGAUCCUGGAUAGGUUUAGCCAUUGGUUUUGGAUUGACCACAUCAAUGUAUACAAUAUUUGCUCUCAGAACAGAUUGGGUCGAACAAGCAAGACAAGCUAGAAGAAACAUCACAGAAAGCCAGGGAGAGGAUUUAUUGAAGUAUCCUCUUGAUGAAUUUGGAUACAGGUCUUCAGUUGUAGAAAAUCACGAUGAUUCAACAAUAUUUCAUCAACUCAAUGCCACUUCUAUAAGUUCUGAAAAUCUACUUCAGUACCAGCGAACUACUCCAAAUUUGACAAAUAAGCGCAAUUCAAACGUGAAGCAUUUAGUGCUGAAGAUUUUUUUAUUUUCUCUCCUCUUUACACUUUUUAGCGUAUUACUGUAUUUGCGUUUUCGGCGCUCACCUCCCUUAUGGUACACACAUUGCAAGCAGCAGAUAGAUCCUGUAAAUGUAUCAACGUUCUGUAUUCGCAUGAUGCCAUGGGACACUUCUAAACAAAGAGAUAUCAGUGAGAUGAAUUUAGGUCUUCCAAUUGGUGUAAAUUAUACAUUUGAUACAACUAUAGUACAUUGAGCUGGUUCAUCUACUUUCCACCCCUUCAGUUUUAUACUGCUAUCAGUGUUUUUAGUGAAUAAGAAAAAGAAAAGCUCAACACAUGCACAGAUUUUGCUCACUUCUCUUUGUUACUGCUGAUUUUUAUUUUACGAGAUUUUGUAUUUUGGAAAAUAACAGAGGCAGAGAAAAAAUAUUUUCACUUCGCUCAUAACGAUCUCUUGUAUUAUUGUUUAUUUACCAGUGAUUCAUACACAGUUUAUUUCAAAUUAAGUAUUUGUAUAAAAUUUAAAAGCAAGCAGACGGAAUAAUUUUUACGAAAAUUAAAAUUUUUUCCUGCAACUGAUCAGGAGAUUUGUGGGGAACUGAUUAAUUCUAAAGCAGUUUCAGAUACCCAGAGAAUCUGAAUGCAUAACUAUUCAAAACAUGAAGGUACUGGGCUGAAAGUGUGGAUUAGUGGAUGCCAACCUAGUAUCUAAUUGGAAACAGACUUUAUCCUUUAACUAAUGAUCUAUUGCUAGCAUAAAGUAAGAACAAAAACAUUUGCAGAGUGAAACGAUCUCAUUUACUGCAUGACCUUCCAUCAGCUAUAAACAGCCUACAACUGAAAUGCAAUGUUAGUGGGGAUAAUUAUAUAAUGGUACAGUUGAGGAAACCAUCUACGUGAAAAAUACGCGGACUGGCCAACACUUUCACUACAAUAGUUUCUGUCCUAUCAACUAUAAGCGUGGUUUAGUUAGGAUGCUUUUCACUAGAAUAGGAAGACUGCUUAGAAAACAAACAACAAGAAGAAUUCACUGAAACUGUGAAGACUCGUAUACAGAAGGGAUAUCCGAAGAAAUUCAUCCCUUAGGAUGGAUAAAAAUUUAUUUAGAGACCUAAACAUCCAGUUUUUGAGGAGAAACCUGUUUUUCUUCAUCUAACAUUCAAGAGCGGUUAGAAUUCUGAAAGAACGGACAGAAGAAUGGAAACUGGACUGAGAAGUUCCCCUGCAACCAAAGAGGUUUCCGUUUAAAAUGCAGUUUGCUCAAUAACACAGUCAAAAUAGAAAAAUACCCAGGUCACAUAAUCUCCAACUGAGUGUAUCAAUUUACGUUUGCUUGCGGAGGCAAGCACAUAGUAAGAACCAAAAGAAAGAAACACACUGGAUUCUAUGAAAUUAUUCGGAGAAAUAUGUCUCUGAAAGGCAGGAAGUUCUUUAUCAGUGCAAUCACCCGGUAUGUGAUAGAUAUUUCUAAAUCCUUCAAGAUGAUCAACAAAUGAAGAGCUCCAUGUUUAUCGUGGUUUACGUCAUGUAUUUCCAUCAAGCAUUUUUAGCUUAAGCUUUGUACUCAGAAAGAGAUUAUAAUGAACCUUUCUUUCCUGCGGUAACUGUAUAUAACUUUUCAUAUAUGUGCUUGUAUUUUUUGAUUGCAUAACCCUUUUUGUUAGUUAGUUAUUAACUAUUGGCCACAGCCUAAAAGUUUGUUUCUCAAUAUACUUAUGCAAUCUACUAGCUCCUUAACAACCCCUUCUUUGAAGCUCCUGUCCACUUGUUACCCUCUCUUUCCACAACUCCAGAGUUUUCAUUUCAUUAGAUAUAAAUCGCAAUUUUGAGGUUAAUAAUCCCUUUUUUCCUCGACUUGUUCUCUUAUGGGUUUUGAAUCCUCAUUUGUUUUUAUAUACUUGAAGUAUGCUAUGUGGUUAUUACAAUCCUUUAUUCGACAUUAUUUGUGGAUGUGUAUUCAGCCUGUUGAUUAUUUUUAUACCUUUUCUAUAGUUUAUGCGCACAGUUUAAACACUAUUCCGAAAUUAUUCUGUUUACUUAAAGGUUUCUAAUCAGCUGGUAUAUCUUUUUUUAACCUGUUUUUCUUCAAAAAGCAUCAUACUGAGACUUCCAUCAUAACUUAACAGUCUA